CAACUGGGGCAGCCGGGAGGUAGGCGCGGGGCGGUCGGCUGCGGUGGCGGCGUCUGGAUGAUUGUCUCUCGGCGGCGGAGUCGCUCAAUGUACUUCUCCAGUUUCUACCCUUCCUCAAGUGGGGAACUCAGGAGACCAAUAAGGGGCAACUGUACUUCGGAUGGUCAGGCCCCAGGAUACUGUGGCGUAUGAGGACCUGUCUGAGGACUAUACUCAGAAGAAAUGGAAAGGUCUCCCACUCAGUCAGAGAGCCCUGCACUGGAACAUGAUGCUGGAAAAUGACCGUAGCAUGGCCUCCUUGGCAGGUAGGAACAUGAUGGAGAGUUCAGAGUUGACUCCAAAGCAGGAAAUUUUUAAAGGAUCAGAGUCAUCUAAUAGCACAUCAGGGGGACUCUUUGGGGUGGUUCCUGGGGGAACAGAGACUGGAGAUGUUUGUGAAGAUACUUUCAAGGAGUUAGAAGGACAACCCUCAAAUGAAGAAGGGAGCAGACUAGAAAGUGAUUUCUUGGAAAUAGCAGAUGAGGAUAAGAAAAACUCCACAAAAGACAGAUAUGAAGAAUAUAAGGAAAUUGGGGAACAUCCACAUCUGUCUUCCAGUCCUGUUGAACAUGAAGGAGUUUUAAAGGGACAGAAAUCCUAUCGAUGUGAUGAAUGUGGCAAAGCUUUUUAUUGGAGUUCGCACCUCAUUGGUCAUCGGAGAAUCCACACUGGAGAGAAACCCUAUGAGUGUAAUGAGUGUGGGAAGACCUUCAGACAAACCUCCCAGCUCAUUGUUCAUCUCAGAACCCACACAGGGGAAAAACCCUAUGAAUGCAGUGAGUGUGGAAAGGCCUAUAGGCACAGCUCCCAUCUCAUUCAACACCAGAGACUCCAUAAUGGGGAGAAACCCUAUAAAUGUAAUGAAUGUGCAAAAGCUUUUAAUCAGAGCUCCAAACUCUUCGACCACCAGAGAACCCAUACAGGGGAGAAACCUUAUGAAUGUAAGGAGUGUGGGGCAGCCUUUAGUCGGAGUAAAAAUCUUGUUCGACAUCAGGUUCUGCACACUGGUAAGAAACCUUAUAAUUGUAAUGAAUGUGGGAGAGCAUUCUGUUCCAAUAGAAAUCUCAUUGACCAUCAGAGAACCCACAUUGGGGAGAAGCCUUAUAAAUGUAAUGAAUGUGGCAAAGCCUUCAGUCGGAGUAAAUGUCUUAUUCGACAUCAGAGCCUCCACACUGGAGAAAAGCCAUACAAAUGUAGUGAAUGUGGGAAAGCCUUCAAUCAGAUGUCUCAACUCGUUGAACAUGAGCGAAUUCAUACUGGAGAAAAACCAUUUAAGUGUAGUGAGUGUGGUAAGGCAUUCAGUCUGAGUAAAUGUCUUAUUCGGCACCAGAGACUUCACACAAGUGAAAAGCCCUAUAAAUGCAACGAGUGUGGAAAAUCCUUCAAUCAAAACUCAUACCUCAUUAUACACCAGAGAAUUCACACUGGACCCCCUGGGCAGUGGUCCUGACCCGAUAGAUCUGCCAGGCAGGGGUGACUCCCCCAUGGCUUUUGUUGGAGACCAUCUGGCCUGUGGAAACUGGAGCAGUAUCCCUCAUGAUCUCUGAAUAGCCAAGAGAAGAGUCAUUCUUGUAUGGAACAAUGGACAUUCACAGCCUUCCUCAUUCCUGGCUUUAGGACUUCAGAUACAAUCAUAUCAGAGCUAAGGACUUCAGCAUAUGAAUUUUGGGGGCACAGUUCAGUCCAUAGCAAUACUUCCAUUCCCCUGACCUGCAACAUGUCCAGUUACUUCUAAAAGUACUUGUCAUCCACUAUAUUAAUAACGUGCUCAUUGCCAGCCUAUGAAACAAGUUGACCACUCCAUACAUAAGGUCAUAGAUAAUAUGACACAUGCAGGUUGAAUUGUCAGCCCUGAUAAGAUCCAAGGACUUGCCCAACAAGUGCAGUCCCUGGAGCUACCUGGUCCAGUAAUUAGAGGAGUAUUCCUGAUAAAGUCAAAAAUUGUCCUUGGCAGCCCCCACCUAAAAGAAGCUCAAUAGCUGGUAUGCCUGUUUAUCUAUUGGAGAUAACAUGUAUCACAUCUAAGUAUUAUUUUGCCUCCUUUAGUUAAAAUUAUCCACAACACAGCCACCUCUGAAUGGGGCCCUCAACAACAGCAGACUCUAGAGGCCUACUAUGCAUUAACAUGCGCCUGCCAUUAAUGUAGGCCCAUGGAACUACAGGUCUCAUUGACUCCUACCCAUACAGAUUGGAUACUGUGGCAACAAGAGACUGCUAUCGGUGCACCAGGCCCUUGGGUUUUGGAUAUAUAAAUUACCCAAGAUGGUUGCCAUAUACAUUCCCUUUGAAUGGCAGCUACUAGCCUGCUAUUGGGCUCUAAUGGAAACAGAACGCUUGACCACUGAAGCACUGUAUGUGAUCUUAAGACCUGAGCUGCCCAUCUCAUGCAGGUAUUGUUAACAAAAAAUAAAAAUGGAAGCCCCAGUUUAGAAAUACCCUAAGGCUGACUACCCGCAACCGUGUAACCAAAACAAAUCAUUCUGAUUUUCCUGAAAUGCUGUCUCUGAUCAUAAAUGAAAUGCAAAAUGUAAGCUUUACAUCCUUGCCAGCAUGAUUCACGGAAAUUAAACCAAUCAACUAUAGACCAACAAGCUUAAACAGCUCAACUUGCCCUAAAAAGAAUGUAUAGCAGCCAAUUAUAAAAAAGGUCAAAAUAUUCCCCCCCUUUAUGCAUUAUAAACCGUGUCGUAACUGCUGUAAGAUUAAUUUCUUACCACUUGAUUUGAGUCUUCUAGAUUGUGGUCUGUACUUCUUGUUUGAACAAUAAACUUUUAAAUUUUUCUUUAUCUGAUUUUAUUUUUUUCACAGUGCUCACUAAUCCUAAUAAAACACAACAGGUUCAGCCAAGUACCAUCAUUAAAUGGAAAUGUUACAUAUAAGGUGGAGGCUGAUUGGGCUCCCAGGGGGUCUGCCA